CUAAGAGGUUGAAAGGUCAGAGGUACCCAAGAUGGCAGGCGGAGAGUUGGGAGGGAGAGCCGAGCUGCAAGCCGAGCUGGAAAAACUCGGCAUUCAGACGGAAACUAUCGAGCAUCCAGAGGUGUUCACAGUGGAGGAGAUGAUGAAGUAUGUGUCACAUGCACCAGGUGCACACUCCAAGAACCUGUUCCUCAGGGACAAGAAGAAAAAGAACCUUUGGGUUUUGACUAUACUUCACAAUAGACAGGUAAACCUAGGAUGGUUGGCCAAACAAGUCGGUGCUGGAUCCGGUGGCGUUCGCUUUGCAGACGAGUCCAUCAUGUUGGAGAAACUGGGCGUCGGCCAAGGCUGCGUGACGCCCCUCGCGCUCUUCAACGACAAAAAGGGAGAGAUCAAGUUCCUACUGGACGCCGACAUCGCGGAGGGCGGUCAUGAAAAGAUCUUCUGCCACCCGAUGACCAAUGCUGCUUCUAUGGGGAUGUCUGUACAAGACUUUCUCAAGUUUGUCAAGGCAACAGGACAUGAACCAACACUAAUACAGUUUGAGCCACUAGUAUAAUUAUUACCUGAAUGUAAAGCCACACCAGUUUGAUUUUUCAGUUAUCAGAUUAAAAGAAUAAUGCUGAUUUGGAAUAUCAUCAUGGAAGAGCGGAAGGGAAAUUCUGUACUUUGGUUCACACAUUUUCAGGGAAUACACAAUAGACUGUGUAAAAACAGUCAGGCAGAAGUUUUGCUCCCAGUAUCAUGGACCAUUAGGUAAAUUUUAUAUAUUAGCUAAAAAUGUCUCAGAAUGUGAUUCAUUUUAGAUAAAGAUGUAGUGAUUCACCUCAUCUGAUAGCCUUUAGCGCAAUUGUAAGUGUAGUUAGGCAAAACAUUUAGAGUGUGCUAAUAAUUCAUUAAUAAGCCAUAUGGUAGGUAGUUUUAGGGGUGUGAUUAAGAGUGAAAAAUCCAGAUUUUAUGUCAUAUAUAGGAAUGCAGAUGGUAAGAUGCGCAUUUAGCUUUGCGUUAUCCAGGAUUGGCAUUAAGGGAACAAUCAUGACUUUUUGAAAGGUUGGAAGUUCGUAACUUCCAAAGUUGUCAAGUAGGUAAUCAGGUUUUUAAGUGACAUCAUAGUACAUGUAUCAUUUGUUGGUCUCCAUGUCUUGUAAUUACUAACUAACUGGCUAAAGUCAAUUUUGUUUCUACAGUUUUGGGAAUUAAAUU